ACGUCAUCGCAUGCGACAUUUUGAUUUUGUGAAUUGUGAUUUGAGCCCAAAUUUUUAUUUACGCUUUAAAUGUAUAAAUGCAAAGCAAAAUUAUUAUUUUGUUUCUCUUAAUGGUACUAUGCUGGAAAAAAAGCCAAUAUCUAAGUUUAAACGUGUACUCGGUUUAACUGCGGCGACUAUAUUCGUUGCCGAAUCUAUAGGUAUAGCGGUAACUUACGGAUUAUGGUAUAAAUUAAAUACUGAAAGAGAAUUUCGACUUUAUAUGUACAAGAAUUACAAUUGGGUGCUGGAAGGUUACUACAAAGUUGGCGAAACACUAGGUGGGCACAAGACCCGUGAACUCGACACCAAAGUGUGGACAAACGAAGGCAAGAUAUAAUCUUGGUGAGAUGAGCAUUGCUGCUAGGUCUUUGUUCUGGGUGAUCUCCUUUGGAACCCUCGGCUACGGCCUCUUCACAUUUGUCAAACCUGAUGAUGAACUACUCAAGAAGUUUGAUCAAGGAUCUAAACAUACAGAUGCCAGAAGAGUAUCACGUGACACUAUAGCUGUUCUGAAAGAAGCCACUAAUCCCAAUUCUGAUAUAAACAAAAAGGUGGAGGAACUUCUUAGAAAAGGAAAAUGACUGAUAAAACUACUGUUCUCGAAAGACUAAGCAGACGAGAUGCACAACGAUUAGAAAAACUUCAGAAAGCACACAGGGCAAGGGAAGAAGUUGAUGCCACAAAUGAAAAUGAGGAUUAUUUCUCAGGAGCAUUCAAAAUGAGAUCUGAAAACAUUGAACAGUUGCUCUCCCACAUACCAACUCUUGAAACAAAUGUCUUGCCUCAGCACUUUGAUAACAUAAAGCGAGAAGUCAAUGAAUUACAAAAAUUUGUGGUCACUUCAUCCUUUUUUUUAAAAGAAUUUAAUAUGCGAAAAUAUUUGGGUAUUGUACAAAACUUGCAGACAAAAUGUUAUGAAUUAGAAGAUAGAUAUGUGCCUCGAAAAAAAUUUGGUUUCACUAGAAAAAAGUUACCAAAAUCUCACAAUCAGAAACAGAAUUCCAUAGAUGAGAAUGAUGGGGCUGGCAAGACAGACAGCAAUAAAUGGAAUGAAAAGCUAUUUGGAUUUGAUUCAAAAGAAGAUAAAGUUUUAACUUUAGAAAAUGAUGAGUUGUUUCAACGUGAUGUUGCUUUGCGGAAUUUAAAGAAUUGUACCGUCGGACUAAAGGGUGUGAUGGGGACUUUACAUAUAACUAAUUUAGAUAACUGUAUAGUCCUUACAGGGCCUGUGACCUCAUCUGUUUUUAUAGAGAAGUGCACAAAUUGUAAGAUUGUUACAGCUUGUCAACAACUCCGAAUGCAUAGUUCUGUUAAGUGUGAUAUAUAUUUACACGUCACUAGUAAGGGCAUUGUAGAAGAUUGCACCUAUAUUCACACAGCACCUUAUAAUUUACGCUAUGAUGAUUUAGAAAAGCAUUUCAAUAUGUCCUCACUAGAUAGAAACACUAAUAAUUGGGAUUGCUUAGAUGAUUUUAAUUGGCUAGCACCAGAUGUACCUUCUCCUAAUUGGUCAAUUUUGGAUGUUACACAACGGAUUUGUGAUUGGGAUGAUUGGUGGUCUAAAACACCAUUAUAAUUUCGAAUUUGUUAAUUCACUUAAAAUAGAUAUCUAUUUAGUUUAAAUCCUUUGAAUAUACUGAAUUUAACAUUUCAUUGGAAAAUAAUAUUAGUUUAAUUUAAAAAUUAAAAGGUUAAAAUGUUUUCCAUUAGCAUUGCAUUUUAUUUUUAAAGAACAAAAGUGAAGUAAUAAUUAUGUAAUUUUAUUAAAAUUAUUCAUAAGGUUCACAUUAUUAUCUUAAUAUAAUAAUUUUGUUGACUUACAUUGCUUACGAUUUAUAAAGUUUUAACAGUGUCUGCUGAAAUUACAUUAAAGUUGUAUGUAGAUACAAAAAACAUAACUGCAUAGUUAACACAAUAUAGAAGCUUUUAUU